GAAGCUGAUUCCCAAUCUAUCAAGCUUACAGAUUCAUACUCAACAAUAAAGUUGCUGGAAGAUGCUUUGUUGAAGGCAGAGAAUAACGUUUCCAAACUGGUUGGGGAAAAGGAAAAGGCUGGAGAAGAGAUAGUGGCACUUAAUACCAAGUUAAAUGCAUGUAUUGAAGAGUUAGCUGGAACCACUGGCAGCUUGGAUAGUAGGUCUCUGGAGCUUUCCAGUCACCUUAACAGUCUUCAGUUGCUUUUGAAAGAUGAUAACCUGUUGUCCUUACUUAAACGAAGCUUUGAGCUCAAAUUGGAGCGCCUCAGAGAUAUGGAUGUUCUUCUGGAAGACAUGAAGAAUCAUUAUGUCGAAAUGCAAUCAGAACCACUGCAAAGUUAUCCUGCUGUCACAAAGGAAGAUUCCGAUUUCUCGAAGUUCGCAGCUGGCGUCGACAAUAUUGCAAAUGGAGAUAUGAACAAGGGUCACGCCAAUGCAGAAGAUGGUGAUAGUUUGGAAUCCUAUUUCAGCAAAACAGUUGAAGGAUUUCAUCUUAGAAACAAGAUUCUUGCAGAUAAUGUUGAAGGUUGUUCUGCUUUGAUGGAUGAAUUUAUUGCAGCCCUUUUGACAAAAUUGCUUACAACAAGAGAUGGACUAAUGCUUAAAGGUGACCAAAUUAUAUCUUAGAAGCAAAAGGUGGAUAACCUUGAAAUGGUUAGGCAGGCACAGGAAAGUAAGAUCGUCAUUUUGAAAAUGACAUUUUGAUUUUACUGUCAGCUUGUACCGAUGCAACUGACAAACUGGAGGCUGAAAUUGAGAACAAUCCGGUGAAAGUGAGCUCUGUCCCAGAAAUUAGAGAAGUCAGUGGAGAUGCAGUAGCAGAACAUCAGACGACACUUGACAACAUCAAAUACCUAACAACUGCAAAUAACUUGUCACUUGCUGCUAGAAAGGUUGGACAUCUAAUUAAACAGUUUGGGAAUAUAAGGAAUGAAUCAGCUGAUGCAAUCAAAGAGUUCGAGAACAAUUUGACAGAAACCAGAAUAAGUUUGGAAAAUGCCAUAGAAGAAAGGGACUUGAACCACAGUAGGAUUUCUAAAUUGGAGAAUGAUGUAGAAGCAUUACAGAAAUCUUACCAAGAGGUUAGGUUUCAAGUAUAAGAUUAUGAGGCAAAGGAGGAUAAGACGAACGACGAAGAAGCAGAAAUCUCGUCCUUACGCAACGCUUUGUCGACUAAAGAAAAAGAGGCUGAAGAAGCUUUCAUGUCAGCAUCGCAGGUGAAAUCCCUCUAUGAUAAAGUAAAUGACCUUGAAGUCCCUUUUGCCGAGUUCAAAGUAGGAGAUACUGAUUUCCAUAAUUCAGACCAUGCAAAGAAGCUUAUCUACAUAAUUGAUGUUGUUACUCCAAUGAUGCAUCACAUGAACUCCUUAUCUCAUGAGAAGGAAGAAUUGCAGUCAACCCUUGUGAAGCAGGUUCAGGAAAUUGAACAUCUGAAGGAGAAAGUUGAACAACAGAAUUUAGACAAGCAAGACUAGUAUGAGAAUAUGAAGAAUGAAUUAUUUGAGCUAGAGUUCACUCUGGAAAGAAUUAUUCAGAAGUUAGGAGGUAAUGAUUUAGUUGAAGACCCAAAAACUAUUGGUGUUAGAGGAUUCAUACCAGUUUUAGAAAAGCUGGUUAUGACUGUGAUUUUAGAAUCUGAAAAUUCAAAAUCCAAAGCCCAGGAACUCAGUGCCAAGUUGCUUGGAAGCCAAAAGGUUGUGGACGAAUUGUCAAAU